UCUAAUAUCAUAUAAUUUUCUUCAUAUUUUAUAAAUUUUAAAGCACAGUAAUUUACUAUCAAACUUUCAUAACCGAAACUCUUAAACAGUUCAAUGCAUUAUAUAAAAUAUUAUUAAACAAUAUACAAGUGUAUUAAAAUACAACGCUUUCAUUAUUUUUUUUAGUUAGUUAUUUUCUAAAUUCUAUAUAUAAAUUAAUUUUUGUUUUCUAAAAUAUAUUCCCAUUUUAACCUAUAACGAUACAAAAAUUCACAGGAGGAAAAAAUACAAAUAAUUGUUACAAAUAAUUAACCAACAAAGUCAAUGAGAUCAACAAAUAGCACACUAUGACUUUUUCAAAUGAAGCAUUCUCUAUAUUAUUUAUCAAUUAAUUAUCACCACAUCAGGCGUUUUAUUAAAAAUGUGCAACUAAACAAGGAAAACAUCUAAUACAUAUUAAAUAAUAACGAGUCGAUCAGACAGUCACCUUAAAUUUACAUUAAAACUUUUAUAAUUAAAAUUCUAGAUAUGGUGCAAAAUAUAAAGCACCACCCUAUGCGUUGCUAACUAACCCUAAUGCGCAUUAAAAAAUAAGUUUUAUAAAAACGAAACAUGCCAAUAUAAUAUUAACCAAUAAAUAAGGACAUCGAAAAAAUUAUCUUUAUACCUAUUGUUUGCUGCUGCACUUAUCUAUCAUCGGCAUUUUUAAUGUACAACACUUAACUUAGGGGCGGAAUUUAGCGUGGCGUGGGUGAACCUGAUUUUGUUGUAACUACAUGGAAACAAAAAUCUAUUGAAGACUGUUUAAUUUCAUAUUGUCACAGCUAUAAUUUGGAACCACUAAAAUGUGAUACUAAACCACUUAUGAAGUAUAAGUAGAUUUGCACACUGCAUAUUUACAUGACAUAUACUUUUCCUGUUCCCAUUAGUUUGUUAGUACAUUUUUGCAAAACAGAAGGAAUACAUUCACUGAGCAAUCAGAAAUGACAAUUGUCGAAAUACCAUCAAUGUUUCAAACAUCCGAUCCCUCCGUGCCCAUGAUUAAAGUACCAGACUUGCUCGAGUAUUUCCGGGUCGAUAUGAAGAUCAUAUUGUAAAUGCAUAUUGGAACCUUUUUAUACAAUGCGUCCAAGAGGUGGUUGAGAUAUUCAAAAUUGAUUUUAUUUAGAUGAUUGUAUUAGAUCUCUUUUUUGAUGACUGAUCAUGCACUGGGAAUGUUGACAUUUCCAUAUCACUUCCAUAUCACACAUAUUGGUGAAUUUGAGAUAUCUACGAAAUAAUUGCUUUUUUUUAAAUUAUUAAAUGUACAUGUUUAUCUAAAAUGAAACAAUAGUUUAACUCUGUUGUAUGUGGAAUAACGGGAUCCUAAUAGAUUAUUUCACACACCGCAGUCGUCUCAGGUAAGACAUCUAAAUUAUUCAAAGAAAGGCACAUCCAAUAUUAUAAUGUGAUUGGCUAGAUCUAAAUUAAUAAAAAGGUGUUCUAUUCAUUUAAUGAAUGACUUGCCGUCUCCUAUUAAUAUACAGGAUAUUAGAAUACGUCCUUAAUUUAAGAGCGUAUUACUUAAACGUUGAAAAUUUAGCGGUGUUAUUUGUAAAUUUUAUGUAGCUUCUUCAGCACCAAAUAGAUUAGAAUUAUUAUGACCAAUUCAGCAGCUCACAUUUUUCUUUGUAAUAAUCUUGUUGAGGAUAGACUUGAAAAUUCUAAUCUACCUUGAGUUAUAAGAACAACUUAUUAUUACAAAUUGGUUCAAAAAUACUGUAUUAAAUUUAGUACGUAUCUUUAAAAUAAUGUUGAAUUAUUAGUUACAGAAGGACUGGCUCAACAUGCAUCUUGGUUACGGUUAAGUGCUCGAGUAUUGACUUGGGUACUCGACUGGGCUAUUUGAUACAAAAUAAAUAAAUAAAAUAAAUCACCAUUUUAGUCACGAGUUUGCUUAGGCAAGAGCAUAGCGAGUGUUUAAUAAACGUGUAAUUAACAAAGCUUAUCAAAGUGUCUCAUAUGCACUUUUUGUACGACCAUUAGUUUUUGGGCGCAUUUUUGAAAAACAGUACGAAUACAUUUACUGAGUACUAAGAUCUACCGAAAACAUCAGAUCGCUCUCAAAAGUACCGGAAAUGUCGGAGGAGGUUCCCAAUAGUGGCUAACGAGGCUGAGCUCUUAACGUGAUACUUUCUACACGCUUGAUCUGCGCAUAAUUGGGUAUAAAUGACGUAACGCAUUCUAUACCCAAUGACAACUAGUCUAUCAGCAGUAACAGUACAGAGUACAAUUUUAGAAACCACUAAAGACCCUUCCGACGCGACAAAAUAUAUGACAUUUUUUCUGUGACAUAAUACACCUAAUCUAACCCAGUCAGAAUAUCCUUGACAUGUAAUUUGAAUGUACACAAUUUGGUGCAUGGCGUCACCAGGCAUCAUUUAAUCCUUGACCUUGUCUUUUAACCCUAAUCACGUCCAAAUUGGCUUUCGAUUGUCACCGCGGAGAAAAUUCCCGCUUUUUUAUUUCGCCAGUCAUCCUAAGUGAAUUUCAAGGUUAUUUCAAUAAACAAAUCUGUGAACACUUCUAAAUAUCGCACAAAAACUAUUAAGAGACACUCGGUAUAAUACACGUGCAAGAUCGUAACUUCAAGACACCGACAAUCCGGACGGGCGCAUUUUCCCAAAGAUCGGAUGGAAGAUUUAGACACAACCCCACACAAUAAAGGACUAAAUUUGACUGGUGAACAUUAGCUGUGUAAAAUGUUUUAAUAGCAACAAUUGGACAAUAUUGAGUUGAAUUGCAUUAAAGAAUCUGGCCAGUUAAACUAAUAUACUAAUAGCUGCACUAAUAGUCAUUGUCGCUAAUAGGGAAAAAUUGGGUAAAUUGAUAAAUUCAUUUAUGGGCUAUUGAGUCAAAUGCGUGCGCUUCACGUUUACAUUCGUUAAGUCCAUCAGCUUAUUGUUUAUGAAUGGUUUAAUUGCCAUAUUGUAUCUCUUAAUUUUCUUUAAUUCUUCCAGUUCGGAUUCGAUACGCAUCGGGGGUGCAACAGGAUGCUUUAGUGCUGCGUUUCUUGCGUUCGUACGAGUUAUGAUCAAAUUUUGGUGCAGUGUUUGGUGUGCAGUGUUCAUUGUUUAGCUAAAGGGAUAACAUAAACUAAAUGAUCCUUAUUAUCGUACUCAGUAUAGUACCUCGCCAGCUCCACUAGUGAGUCACCAGUAAUAUAAUACUCAACAAGGUAGCAUGAUGGCAGUUACGUCCGCCCACGAUUGCAGAGGAAUUACAAGGAAUUGUAAGUAAUAAAAAAAUUAGGGUGGAUCCUCUUCCCUCUGCGGUUUUAUCCAAGUGGCGCCAUCUAGCCAACAUUUUAUUCACAUCAAUAAGCGACUAAGCGCAUUCAUAGUUGUUCCUCAGGUCUUGAGGAUGCCUUAAAAACCAAUUAAUAUGACGAAAAAUUAUUAAUGAUCUUCCUUGCAAAGCGAACUUUAAGUAUUGAAUACAGUAAAUCACCAAAUUUGAUCGUGGUUGGUGAUUUAAGUUUUAAAUGAUCAUAUAAUUAUCCUACACCUACACCUAUGUCUACGUGUGUGCCACUUAAUUAUAAUCUUAAUCUUUUUCGUAGUGACGGACCUUCCCUAUUACCGACCAAUAACUACCAUCUCCUACCUUUGACCACUGGGUAAUUGUCAUUAAAAAGAAGCUGGGAUCAGGAUAAAUUCAUUGUUAACCGUAAACUGCAGACCCGCCCGUGAAAAUUUUCCCAUCAGACGCAACGCCUUAUUAAUACCCUCAUGCGUUCGUCUGUUACACAAUAGUUCAUCUUUUCGUCUCUCCCUACACCGAUGCAAUUGGCCGUCAUCAAUUGUCCACACGUCCUCAACCAAUAAAGGCAGCCGUAUUCUCCCUGCGCGUCCAAUGGGAUGCCUCGAGUAUCCGGACUCCAAUUCAGCUCGUUAAAUAUAAAUUGGCUAAAAUAAUAAUGUCACAAGUCAGUUUAGGAGUAACAGUUUGGCUAAAUUGUUUGAUUGACAAAGUCGGCUAAAUUGGUCUUGAUUGUUUUGAUUGCGUUAAUUAUUAUGGAAGGUGCUCCGUUCGAUGAUCAGAGUUUUAACGAUUACAACAAUCAACCGUUGCCGAGUUUGAAUUCAACGUUGUUAAACAAAAACAACGAUGUGCAUUCGAUACAAGUGAUGUUAGGGCUUCAACAGCAGCACGAAAUGUUUGGUGGCAUGGGCUCGCCGCUGGAAUACAGCAAAUCGUCGCCGCAGAAAUUGGAUAAUUCUCCCAUGCAUCAUGAGGAAUUGGGAAUGUUCCAACCGGUGAUUGAAAACGUUGGGAGCAGUAACGGGAUGCAACGGAAAAAGGACGACGUGGUACUCCUGCAGUCUCAAACAUUAAAUUCAACCGAAAUGGCUAGCGCUACGUCGACAACGUCGAAAAAGAACGAGAAAAAGAAAAAUGAGACCAACGGAGUGAAAAAGAAGAAGACAAGAACCACUUUUACCGCAUUUCAACUGGAGGAACUGGAGCGGGCUUUCGAACGCGCUCCUUAUCCAGAUGUGUUUGCCAGGGAAGAGUUGGCCCUUAAGCUGAACCUAAGCGAGUCUAGAGUACAAGUAUGGUUCCAGAACAGGCGAGCAAAAUGGCGCAAACGAGAACCGCCGCGCAAAACGGGUUACAUCAGUUCGUCUUCACCCAGCUCAAGUAUCACUACGAACUUUAACCAAAACAUUCCGUUUACUCAGGCCCAACCAAAUACUGCCGUCGAUUCGUGGUCUUAUGGCCAAUCAACGUACGAUAUUGGAGGCCAUCUAAAUUUACUUAAUAGCGCUCCAGGGUCGUAUUCGACCUUCGGAUCACCCGCGUCUUACAAUAGCUUCGGGUCCAACCAAACGUCCUACUCUUACAUGCUUAACUCCCACGACAACCAACUUUUUAGUGCGCCCAUGAGGCACGAUUACUCCACACCCCCGUCCAAUCAAAGUCCGCCACUAGGCCGCGAGUAUUCCAUGCUCCAGACACAUUCGCCUAGUGCAGUCGGAGACGAGAAUUCCAUCGGAGUUAAAAUCGAAUACGUAGACCAUAAUUUGAACCAAUCGCCUGAACGGUAUGGAAGUGUAUCACCAAAGUACGACCAAACGUACGACGAUGGACGGCUUAAAGAUAUUAAACCUGAAAAUGGAAAUGAUGCGAAAAAUAUUACAGUGGGUUACAAAACUAACCGAAUACAAGAUGCAAAAGCAAGACUAUGCAUGAGACUAUGAGCAAAAUUAUUUUGUUGCAUCACUUUACUGGCAUUAAACAAGAAAUGAAAAAGUGCGGAAAGUUCAAGUAGAGCAAAAACAGAUCACGAAAAAAAAAUUGAAAUUUCUCAGUACUAAAUUUUGUUCGAAAUCACCAAAAAGCAGAGAAUGAAAUUACACAAGAACGGAUGAAACCACUGAAAGCUUAUUACAGCUGCGAGAAUCUGUCACUGGAAACAAUCCGCCCAAAAAUAAAUGUAACGUACCUCUGGCAAAAUGGUAAGUAGAGUAAAGUAAGUCCUAGAUUUAUAGCUUGUUAUUAUUUACGCUAUUGGACUCUUAGCGUUACGCCACUGACCCCGCUGCUGUACAGUUAGUAGUGUGUUUUGGUUGCUCGUCAUCGAAUUCAUAUAAACCUGUUUCAGUUUUCUCAGGAUCCUCAGUUAAUGGUAAUUCUUUGUGUAGUAGGCAACACCGUGUCGACGUUAUGAAAAAUACAAUUGCUAGUUAACCAAGUAACUAACAAAGUGUCAUCAGUAAGUGUACAAAUUUAAUAUUGUGCUCCAGUGGAUACAU